AAAAUGAAUUCAGAAAGCGAGAAAGAAAUAGAGUUCCUUCUCUAAAUACACCAUGGGUAUCAGUCGUGAUUCUCGCCACAAACGCAGCGCUACCGGUGCUAGACGUGCUCAAUACAGAAAGAAGAGAAAGUUCGAAUUAGGUCGUCAAGCUGCCAACACCAAGUUGGGUGCUAAGCGUAUUCACCUUGUUCGUGUCCGUGGUGGUAACUUCAAGCGUCGUGCUCUUCGUCUUGAAUCUGGUAACUUCUCCUGGGGUUCUGAAGGUAUUUCCCGUAAGACUCGUGUUUUGACUGUCGUCUACAACGCCUCCAACAACGAAUUGGUUCGUACCAACACUCUUGUCAAGGGUGCUGUCAUUCAAAUUGAUGCCACUCCUUUCCGUCAAUGGUACGAAGCUCACUAUGCUCUUCCUCUUGGUAAGGCCAAGGCUUCUGAAGCUAAGACUGAAGAGAAUGCUGAAGCUAAAAUCUCCAAGAAGAAGGCUGCUCGUGCCGCUAAUGCUGCCGUUGAUCCUCUCUUGAAUGAUCAAUUCAAUGCUGGUCGUCUCUAUGCUGUCAUCUCUUCUCGUCCCGGUCAAUCUGGUCGUUGUGAUGGUUACAUUCUUGAGGGUAAGGAACUCGAAUUCUACCUUCGUAAGAUCAAGAACAAGAAGCAUUAAGAAGUUACUAUUUUAUAUUUUAUCAAAAUAAAGAACUUUAUAUAUUUGUUUUU